AGUGCGGUGCCGUGGUGGGGAGUCGAAGGAGAAGUGCGCGCGAGCGAGAUUAACGGGCCCGGGGCUCUCUCCUUUGGUCGUAACGAAACGUUGGUACGCGAAAAUAAAAAGUCUUUAGCAGCUCAAGGUAGAUUACACGGGCGGACUUAACGCGCGCGUUCUUAAUUAUCGACGACGACUAUGUAUAAUAAUAAUAGUACACGGGGCGCGCGCGGAUUGCGCGACGUCGUGCGCCAUUAGGCCACGAGGCCUCGGCUCGCUGGCCCACUGAGUGCGUCCGAGCGCAUCUCGUUCGGUCCUUGGUGGGGGCCGGGGAGGGCGGAGGCAGGAGUCGAUUUCGCAGGUGCGAUGAUGGGCGAGAGCUGAGGUGAGCCGAGAUGGGACAAGCCUGGUGCAAGGACAAGUCCGCCAAGACGCAGGACUCGAAGUCGCCUCUCGACCGGGUAUUCGUGCGCUGCGUCCACCGGAUCUAUCCAGGUCUGAAGGAGGAGGGAUCUGUCCUUGGCGGUGCCACGCAGAGGGUCACGAGCUCAGAGAUCGGGUACGCGGGUUCGCCACCGCGGUCAGCGCUGCUCCGGGGCCGUAGCAUCGACUCCGUCGACCGGCCCUUUCAUCCCAGCGAGUGGGUGGACGUUAAUCUCGAGGUGCCCUGUACGCCCAGGGCGUGCGUCGUGCUCGGCGGACAGCGGCGCCAGAGCGACCUGACCAAGCCCACCGGUUGUAGAAGCCCGGGCGCAGCGACGUCGGCGCCUGUGCCGCCGCCACGGAGACGUAAGCGCCGAGAGCGGCGACCGCUGCCCCCGAAGCCUGGCAGCGGGAACGACGCCGCCGAUGACGAGUCCGAGCCCGAGCCCCUUUAUUCGAAGCUCGGCCCCGCAGACAGAGACCACGAGGACUCGGAAGAGGAGUUUGCCACGAUCGAGCAUAUUCUGAAAAAGUGCUCGCUGGAGGACGUGCGAGCGGCCACGAGACCAAAGAACUACAGCGCAACUAGUCUGCCUAAUGUCGCGGAUCUGCUGGCCAACCGGGGACCGAGGCCCGAGGAUGACGCAAGGAGGCUCCUGGGACAGGCGAAGUCGGUGUCGCUGCCGCGGGAGGCAACUCCAUUCACACCGCCUCAGAAUUCCGAGGGGAAGUUUUUUGCGAGAGAGAGGGAGAGCGAGGAGCAGCGCGCGGAGGACUUUGUAAUAUUGAAGGACGAGGUUAGCCCGGAUUUAGGAGAUGGAUUCGAAACUUCCACGCCCGUGAAGGCGAGGCUGCAGCCUGCCGACGAUGAUUUAGAGGACUUCAAGGACGCGUCAGGGGCUUCGUCGCCAUUACCAUGUGUGUCUGCUGGCCGGGAGACAUCGAGGAGGGACGAGGACACCGGCUACGAGUCGAGAAUCGAGAGCCAUCCAGUCUCGGACGUAUCGCGGAUGCUCGGCGGGAGCAACGAGUUAUCGUCGGGCAUCCUGAGAGGCGACGGCGUGGACUCGUUCGAGGAGUCGGAGAAGAAGCGCGUACUCGCCGUCGCGUCGGUACAGCGCACCAUCUCCGAGGAGUCGCUGCCCCGAGAAAUGCUCGACGAACUCGACGAGGAUGACGAGCAGCAGCCAAUGCGCCCCGAGGACGAGAAGUCGAGUAAGGUGAUUAGGAGCAACGGACUCGACCAGCCGAUCAACGCCAACAUAAUUCACGAGCAAGACACGCCAUCGCCCAGCCCCAUUUUAAACUCUCAAGGGCAGUCGAAUGUAGUGGAGAAUCCGGAGUCGACGAGGGAAGGGAAGUCGAGUGGCGUUGCGGCCAUUGGCAAUCCGACGUCGAUGACGCCGAGUUUGAUGGAGCUCGAGGUCGCCCUCACCGACAUGCUCGAGAAGAAGGACGAGCGGGAGCGGGAGGCCGCAGAGGACAAAUCUUCGGACAAGUUGCCGGUGCCGCAAAUCGCGGCUCUCAAGAACGUCGAGGAGUCCGAGCCCUCUAAGAUCCGGCUAAUCGAUUUCCCAAGAGCCGACAGGACGAAUCCCUUCAACGAUUUCAAGAGCGACGAUCACGAACCCCCGGAGAAGCCAAGUCGUCUUCAUAGGAUCAGCCUUAUGGAGGAGCCAGUGAUCGAGGAGUCGCAGCUCGUGCCGACUCCGCCGCGGAGACGACACAGGAGCAAGUCGAACUUGAAUAUGUCGAGCGAAGCAUUGCAUACGUACGGCGACAGAUUGAUUUGAGAUUGUCGGCGGUUAGUCAGCCCUCCGGGGGAAGGACAGGGAGGCGGUUGUUAAGGUGAAAUCGAAGGCGAAGGCGAUGGUGGUCGACCGCCUCGAGAUUUUCGAUCGGCUCGUUAAGAGUUGCCGCGCGAAAUCGGAGGAAACUUGAAACCACUGCCCUACGAAACUUCUUAACGAGCGCGCGGGGAGAGACGGCACCCUUGUAUUCCCCAGGGGGUGGCAGCGUGUCCAGACUGCAGAGUCCAGAGGGGUGGCCGAGCAAUCGGUAAUAAUAUUCGCAGCUACGAUCGUAAGCGCCAAGCGACUGCUGAUGAGACCAUCGCAUCUUAUGAGCUUCUUCGAUUGUCUUCUU